CACGCCCCUUUGUUGGCUCAGUAGCGGUAGCAGCGGCCGUGGAGGUGGCGCUGGGGACUGUUUUCUCUCGGAGGCCGGAGCGGAGCCGCGUCUGACUGAGGCGGGCGGCAAGCGGCCCCCUCGCUCCCUCCCUCCCUCCUCCGCGCCCUCCCCGCCGCCGCCAGCCGCCAACCGCCAACCGCCGCGCCCGGGGAGGAGCCGCGGCCCGCGGGGCCGGAGCCAGGCCUGCGUCCGGACAUCAGCCGGAGCCGGAGCGAGAGCCGGGGCCUCGGCGUCCCCGCCCUCUCCCCGCCUCAGGGCCAGCGUCCGCCGGGCCCUCGCGUGUCGCGCCAUGGACUCGGACGAGGGCUACAACUACGAGUUCGACGAGGACGAAGAGUGCAGCGAGGAGGACAGCGGCGCCGAGGAGGAGGAAGACGAGGACGAGGAUGAGCCGGACGAUGAUAACCUGGAUCUGGGCGAGGUGGAGCUGGUGGAGCCCGGGCUGGGCGUCGGCGGGGAGCGGGACGGACUGCUGUGCGGGGAGACGGGCGGCGGCGGCGGCAGCGCUCUGGGGCCCGGCGGCGGCGGUGGCGGCGGUGGCGGCGGCGGCGGGCCAGGGCACGAGCAGGAGGAGGAUUACCGCUACGAGGUGCUCACGGCCGAGCAGAUUCUGCAACACAUGGUGGAAUGUAUCCGGGAGGUCAACGAGGUCAUCCAGAAUCCAGCAACUAUCACAAGAAUACUCCUUAGCCACUUCAAUUGGGAUAAAGAGAAGCUAAUGGAAAGGUACUUUGAUGGAAACCUGGAGAAGCUCUUUGCUGAGUGUCAUGUAAUUAAUCCAAGUAAAAAGUCUCGAACACGCCAGAUGAAUACAAGGUCAUCAGCACAGGAUAUGCCUUGUCAGAUCUGCUACUUGAACUACCCUAACUCGUAUUUCACUGGCCUUGAAUGUGGACAUAAGUUUUGUAUGCAGUGCUGGAGCGAAUAUUUAACUACCAAAAUAAUGGAGGAAGGCAUGGGACAGACUAUUUCGUGCCCUGCUCAUGGUUGUGAUAUCUUAGUGGAUGACAACACAGUUAUGCGCCUGAUCACAGAUUCGAAAGUUAAAUUAAAGUAUCAACAUUUAAUAACAAAUAGCUUUGUAGAGUGCAAUCGACUGUUGAAGUGGUGUCCUGCCCCAGAUUGCCACCAUGUUGUUAAAGUCCAAUAUCCUGAUGCUAAACCUGUUCGCUGCAAAUGUGGGCGCCAGUUUUGCUUUAACUGUGGAGAAAAUUGGCAUGAUCCUGUUAAAUGUAAGUGGUUAAAGAAAUGGAUUAAAAAGUGUGAUGAUGACAGUGAGACCUCUAACUGGAUUGCAGCCAACACAAAGGAAUGUCCCAAAUGCCAUGUCACAAUUGAAAAGGAUGGCGGUUGUAAUCACAUGGUGUGUCGUAACCAGAACUGUAAAGCAGAGUUUUGCUGGGUGUGUCUUGGCCCUUGGGAACCACAUGGAUCUGCCUGGUACAACUGUAACCGCUAUAAUGAGGAUGAUGCAAAGGCAGCAAGAGACGCACAGGAGCGAUCUAGGGCAGCCCUGCAGAGGUACCUGUUCUACUGUAAUCGCUAUAUGAACCACAUGCAGAGUCUACGCUUUGAGCACAAACUAUAUGCUCAGGUGAAGCAGAAAAUGGAGGAGAUGCAACAGCACAACAUGUCCUGGAUUGAGGUGCAGUUCCUGAAGAAGGCAGUUGAUGUCCUCUGCCAGUGUCGUGCCACACUCAUGUACACUUAUGUCUUCGCUUUCUACCUCAAAAAGAAUAACCAGUCCAUUAUCUUUGAGAAUAACCAAGCAGAUCUAGAGAAUGCCACAGAGGUGCUUUCGGGCUACCUCGAAAGAGAUAUUUCCCAAGAUUCUCUGCAGGAUAUAAAGCAGAAAGUACAAGAUAAGUACAGAUACUGUGAGAGUCGACGAAGGGUUUUGUUACAGCAUGUGCAUGAAGGCUAUGAAAAAGAUCUGUGGGAGUACAUUGAGGACUGAGAAUGGCCCUGCAUAAAAUGAACUCUGAAAACUUUACCAUCUAGAGUGCUCAUGCAAUUAAAACAAAACAAAACAAACACAAACAAGGAGGCACUAAGCCUGUUCUGACACCUCUGGUCUAUAGUACCAGAAUUCUGUUUUGUUAACGGAAAGUUUAAGUAAAUUAUAUUGUAAUAAAAAAAGGUAGAUAAACCAUUGUACAACAGUAUUCUAGGCCGCCAACAAAAGUGUGACAGACACACUAAAAAGCCCUCCAACUUUAACUUGUAACGUAGCUUCAUUCCCAAAGCUGACUCCUUUUUUUUUUCUUUUUCUUUUUCCUGAGCAUAGUACAGUUAAAAUUUAAAACAGCUCCUUGACACUGCUUUUCAUGUCCAAACCAGCCAUUUUGUUGUACUUUGGUAAAGGACCUCUUCCCCUUCCGCCCUUACACAUACGAAUACACCCACACACACAGACUGACUCUCUCUCUCUCAUACCCCAAGGUCAUGAGUGAAUUAGUGAAUUAGUUCCUUGUAAAGAAAAUUCUUGGGGCGGGGAAGGGGGUAGGCAGCAGGAGGAAUUAAACAAAAAAACACAAAAAAACUUUGUAUAUGACUUUUAAAACAAGAGGACAACACAGUAUUUUUCAAAAUUGUAUAUAGCGCAUAUGCAUGGACAAAGCAAGCGUGGCACGUGUUUGCAUAAUGUUUAAUUACAAAAAAUAUUUAUUCUUUAAAAAUCUUCAAGAUUAUGUCUAUUUGCUGUGCAUUUUCUUUCAGUUUGCUUUAUCUUUCCAGGGUUGAGGGUUGGGAUAAAGGUGUGUUGGUUUAGCACCUCUGGAAGACCUAAUGAGCUCUUUGAUUUCCCUUUCCUGAGAUUGCUUUGCCCUUUCUCGUUUGGUAUGCCCAUUGCUGGCCAGGGGCCUCAUGCCUUGAAUUCCAGCUCUUGAUCAGGGACAGGGAAGUCAAGCUCUGACUAAAUGCCAUGGCCUGAUAAGGGCUGCAACAGGGAGGUUUUUGCUGUAUUUCAAGAAUGACCCAGUCCCAGCCUCCUCCUCUUCCAUGGCCUCAUCCAUCUACCUAAGCCUUUGUGCGCCCCUGUCAUGCACACACCUGAAGGCUUCCUAUGCUCCCUAUCACAUCCAGAGGAAACAUUUCAACUUUUUUCCCCCCUUAAUUGCUGCUUUGAGCCUUUUAAGAUUUUAGUUCUGGCUCUUCUCUCACCCCUUCUUUACAUUAGGGUGUCAAAUAGAAUGUUUUUGCUUUAAAUAUAAAUAUAAAUAAAUAGCCAUUCACUUAGUUUCAGAUUGUGAAUUUAAAACGGCAGAUACUGAAAUUGCUUGUGUGUGUUGCUGUGGGUUCAGUUUGAAGGAGAACACCCCUAGAACAUAAUAUUCCCAUCUAGUGCAUUUAAAUAGAAAUCAAUGAGUUUGCUUCUUUUCUAUUGUCAGCAGAUAGGAGAAUUAAUAAUGCAUUUUAGCUGUGAUGUCCAUUUUUAUGAAAUUUCUACUAAGAGCUAUGUUAAAAGUAAAGGAUGGUGGUGGUUUUAUUAACUAUAUACCUGUUUAGGCCAUUCUGGCUGUGGUAUUUUUCAACAGGUCAGCAUCCCUAAAUCUGUCAGUUUUCUACAGGAGUGCAGAGUGAAUUAGGCAACUAGAUCAAGAGGUCUUCAUAUUAAAUACCAGUUUUGGUGACCUCUUUGUCUUCCUUUAAAUGUCUUGCGCCUAGGGAGUGUUUACCAUUUGUGAGGCAGCUUUGUCUGCUCUUGCAUUGUACAUCUUAUUACUCCAUUGGGAAGUAGGUUCACUUUCCUCUGGCCUUUUGCCUAAGUUAGGCUUUGCUGAAUCAACCCUACUUUUCCUUUUAGAAAAAGGUUGUUACAUGAGAUGUACUUGCAACUGUUCUUUUCCCAUCAAAAAUCAGUGAAUGUUUGCUGAAUAUAUUAUGCUGCUUCCUUAAACCACUUGUCGCUUUAGGAUCAACUUUACCCGUACCUCUCAUCCUCCCCUCCCUUGCCACCUCAGGUGCAAAUCUGAACUCAGUGUCUGCUUCCAGUCUCUUCUCCUCCCCUCCGCCCCCGUCAUUCAUUUGACUUUAUUUUAAAUGACUGCAUCAAUCUUAAAAUACAUUUAUUGAAACUAAGGAGACUUUUUUUUUUUUUUAAUAGAAAGCUUGAAUGAGUUCCUUUCCCUGGUAACUUUGAAAAGCAGCCAGAGUUGCUAUCUAGAUAUAUGUGGCUUCCCUUAAAACGUUUUGUGUAUGUGUGGUGUUUUAAAAACUCUUACCAGUUAACUGCAGUAUCUAGGUUUCAGUGUCAUAAAUCCUCUUUACAUGCUCCCCUUGCAACAGGUAUCCAGAAACAGUGUGUGCACUUCAUAAUAUCAGCCCCUACCCAUGGAGGAACAGUGCUUUUUAGAGAUGCUUUUUAGUUUCAGUGUUGGCAUAUUACCUAAGGGUAUUGCAGUUGUGUGUGCAUUCCCUAAUUUGUAUGGAUCAAGGUGAACUGGCCUUUUCUGAACUUCCAAGCUUUUAACAGCUAUCUCCAUGUUUGACAGAAUUCCCUGAGUUCAUUGCUUUCAUUGUUAGUAGCUUCAGUGACCCCAGCUGAGAUAGGCAAGCCGUAUUGAAUGACAGCUUCCCUAUUUCUACCUAAGUCUUUUAGUCAGAGGGCUCUAUUCACGGUAAGCACCAGGGUCUCCUUGUCUUCUUGAGGGCAGUUAACAUUGUCUUUUGAAAGUGCAUGAUGCUUCAUUUGAACAAUUCAUUGAGCAGUAGAUGGACUUUAAAUGAUUUUCAAUAAAAUUUUGAUCCAAAGCUCAGGAUACACACAGUGGUAAAAUUGAGUAGCAUAUAAUAUCAUCAGACCCUAAAUUCUGUGUAAUUUGCAACCCAGAUUGUAUGUGUUUUAUGUGUGUUUAAAUAAAUAUAUUAAAUACACAUGUGUAUACAUACACACAUAUAUAACAGAUCCAAGACAACUGACUUGAUUUGAAAUGGUUGAAUCUGCAGUGUAAAAUGUGAUUCAGCCAUGAUUAGGAACUGAAAUUUAGUACAAGAGAGAAAAGGACUUGAUGUAACAAAAUCUUUUAGCUACAGAUCCCGGUAUAGAGCACUUGGGGGAAGGGAGGGGGCGGGUUGGUGAGACAAUCAGAUCGGUAAAUUGAUUAAAUGCUCCUAACCCUGUAAUUUUGUGCAUAGAGCACCCUGUGCUGUGGAAAUAACUGUUCUUAGAUUUUCAUUGUAACUGGACUGUUCAGGUUGCCCAGAGGGAAAGAACAUUCCUAAUUCUAAUAAAAUAAACUUUUAUUUUGUUAUUC